CGACCCCGUGGGGCCCACGUGACUCGGGGCGCCGUGCCCGGUCGCCCGCGAGCGCCAUGGCGGCUCCCAGGCAGCUGUCCCGCUUCUGGGAAUGGGGCAAAAACAUCGUGUGCGUGGGCAGGAACUACGCGGAGCACGCCAGGGAGAUGCGGAGCGCCGUGCUGAGCGAGCCGGUGCUCUUCCUGAAGCCGUCCAGCGCCUACGCCCCCGAGGGCUCGCCCAUCCUCAUGCCCGCCUACAGCCGCGACCUGCAGCACGAGCUGGAGCUGGGCGUGGUGAUAGGCCAGCGCGCUCGCGCGGUGCCCCAGGCCGCGGCCAUGGACUACGUGGCCGGCUACGCCCUGUGCCUGGACAUGACCGCCAGAGACGUGCAGAACGAGUGCAAGAAGCAGGGGCUGCCCUGGACCCUGGCCAAGGGCUUCACCGCCUCCUGCCCCGUCAGCGCGUUCGUGCCCAAGGAGAAGAUCCCCGACCCUCACAAGCUGAGGCUCUGGCUCAAGGUCAACGGCGAGCUCAGGCAGGAGGGUGAGACCUCCUCCAUGAUCUUUUCCAUCCCCUACAUCAUCAGCUACGUUUCUAAGAUCAUUACCUUGGAGGAAGGCGAUAUCAUCUUGACCGGCACGCCAAAGGGGGUUGGGCCUGUUAAAGAAAACGAUGAGAUCCAGGCUGGCAUAGACGGGGUCGUCAGUAUGAGAUUUAAGGUGGAAAGACCUGAAUGUUGAGUCUAUAUAAAGCGCCCAGCUUCUUAACGAGUUUCAAGAGAGAAGAGAGCAAGGUAGAAGCAAGCAAAGGUUAUUACAAUCCUUUAAUGAGAAAUCAAUUUAAAAAAUGAUUUGAUCUGAUUGCUGUAUCUCAACUCAAGGAAGAUGGAACCUCCAAGAAAAACCUGAUGUGGAACAGCUGGGCCAGUAAUGGGAACAAGCAACAGUGCCUUCAGGAAGCGACCAGAAUAAAGGAUGGUGACAGUGCUGGAGAGGAGAAGCUAUUCAACCAGAUGGUCAAAAGACUGGUUUUAGCUUCUGUUCCUAACUGGACUGGGUAAGACUUUUCAGUGGGUCACUGUGGGAUGUCAGUAGCCCACGACUUCACAUCUGCAAAGGAAGCUGAGAAUCGUGUGCGGAUCAGUGCUUCCCUGGUUUCCUUGAUGAUAAUCAUCUGUGGGGUAUUUGUAAAAAUAAAACUUUCCAGAUUACUGGCCCAUCCCAGACCCACUGAAUCAGUUAAUCUCUAUGAUGAUGACCAGGGAAGCUGUGUUUACAGGGCACUCCAGGUGAUUUUUUAUCAGGGAAAUUUGGAAAAACACCACUCUAGAUAAGUGGUUAAUUUCAAAUUUCAGUAUGUGAAUGAUGAGUAUUUACCCAUGUAACUCAGAGUUUGGAAGAUAAUUUUGAAAUUAUUGCUUUCCAAAUAAAUGUGCUCGUUUGCCCUAAAGGUGUAAUUUUU